AUGUUGGUACAAAAAAGUGUUCCUUAUCUCUCCCACAGUUUGGCUUUGUAUCCAACAGCAGCAGCUCUAGCGAGCACAGGGCGGAGGGGCUUCCUCAAUAGGCGUAUGAUAAGCAAUAUGUCAGCUAGUUUGGGAGGUGCUCUUUUCAACGCCCCACCAACUAAGGUGACCACCCUACCCAAUGGGCUGCGUGUUGCUACUCAGCACACCUUCACGGAAUCUGCCACUGUUGGGGUUUGGAUUGACGCGGGCUCGCGAUAUGAGACGAAAGAAACCAAUGGCACGGCCCAUUUUCUAGAGCAUCUAGCUUUCAAAGGAACGCAGCGGAGAUCGAGAAUUCAGCUAGAGAGAGAAGUUGAAGAUAUUGGAGCUCAUCUGAAUGCCUAUACUUCUCGAGAACAAACAGUAUACUAUGCAAAGACACGUCGCGAGUGCGUUGGUCAAGGCCUCGACAUACUAUCGGAUAUACUUCAACAUUCUAAGCUUGAACGAAGGGCUAUUGAGGAGGAAAGAGGUGUUAUUCUGCGAGAAAUGGAAGAAGUGAAUAAGUCGCUGGAAGAGGUUAUUUAUGACCAGUUGCAUAUAGCGUGUUUUCGUGAGGACCCUCUAGGAUACACAAUCCUUGGCCCUGUGGAGAAUAUAAGGUCGAUACAACGUGACAAUUUGGUUGAUUACAUUUCUGAUAACUACAAAGCUGACAGGAUGGUGGUUGCGGCGGCCGGGCCGGUGGAGCACGAAGACAUUGUUAAAUGUGCUGCGGAAAAAUUUGGUAAUUUGCCGAAGUCUUCAAGUCCCCGUCGUAUCAUCCAGAAGCCACAUUUUGUAUCUUCGGAGCUGCUCUCGACGACGGAUGCGUUGGGAGCAGCUGGUCACGUGGCAGUAGCUUUUGAAGGCGUGCCUUGGACUAGUCCCGAUUGUAUCACAUUCAUGCUAAUGCAGCAAAUAGUGGGGGGAUAUAACUCGGCGUUUCAAGGGUUGAUACCGCCUACGCUGUCGGCGAACUCGUCGAUACAGGCUGUUGCGAGAGCGCCUAGUGAGGAAGGAAGUUCGACAUGGAUUGAUUCAUUCACCGCCUUUAAUACGUGUUAUAAAGACACUGGUCUGUUCGGGUUUUAUGUGGCCAGCCCGGAGCAAGCAGUGAAUAGAGCUAUUGGUAUAGCCGAGGAUAUUGGUCGGCAGCUGUUGGUGUAUGGUCGUCGGAUUAGCCCUGCUGAGUUCGUGAAAAGGCUUGAUCAAAUUGACCACUAUGAGGUCCGUCGAGUGGCACAGAAGCACCUUAUGGGGAAGCCGGUGACGAUGACAGGGGUUGGAAUGGUUCAAAAUGUCAUGCAGUUGUCGGAGGUGCAGAAGCUUGCACAGUGGAGUGCGGCGGCGGGGGCGAGGACUGCUGCUGCUGGGGUGUUUUACCUCAAUGUUAUCUUCGGCUGGAGGGACUUUCUUGUCCUUUUUGCUGGUGGGGUUUUUAUGGGGUUCAACGACGCCUUUUUUGAAGGAGAGCUCGAGUGA